AUGUCUAUCAGCUCCUACAUCAACACCACCUUCACCGUCACCUUCACCAAACCGUUGCCCACCAGCCGUACUGACAACAAUGACGUCUCGACCCGAGACGCCGCCAUCGCCCUCCUCCACGACCACCCGAGCGUACUCACGCUGAACCCGCUGGUCGUGCGGUACGAGCGCGUCGCCGUCGACAGCAACGCAGACGCCGCGGCGGCGGCGGCGGCGGCAUCAAGCCCGCCACGCGCGGCCAGCUCGUCGCCCCGCGAAACCUACCUCGUGUGGGACUCGAUCUCGUACAUCCCCGGCACGCACCUGUGGGACGGCGAGCUCGGGUUCCGCGCCGAGUUCGAGGACACGCCGGACGGCACCACGGCGGCGGUGGUGGCGCCGCUGGGGUUCCGGAGCCGUGUCGAGUGGAGGAUCGUGAGGGACGACGGUGGUGGUGAUGGCGGCGCCGGCGCCGGUUGGAGGGCCGAGGAGAGCGUGACGGCGGCUUGUCCGUGGGGGUUGCGCUGGUUUGUCGAGGGCACCAUGAGGAGGGCGCAUGAGGUCAUCAUGGGGCGGUUUGUGCAGAGGGUUGGAGAGGCGGUUGGGGCGUCGCGAGGCCUGGAGGGGUGA